AUGGCUGAGUANAAGAAAAUGUUUGAUGAUAUUAAUCUAGUAUAUUUAUUAAGUUCAACUAAUCCGAAUGAAAUAGCUCAGAAACUAAAUGAUCAACAGAUUCGUUCGAUUUUGCCAUCAUUGACUUGGCUUGGAUUACAACAAUGUCCCAAAAAUCAUCGUUUGACUAUCUCAGCUCAAAUUUUACAAAUUGUUUCACGUUUUCAUGACAUGGACACAAUUAUUGAAUUAUUCGAGAUUGACUUUCAUGCAUUGAAUCUCGAAGUCAAACGUCUACAAAAAAUUAAACAAAAAGUUUCUGAAGGAGGUCAACAGAAUAGUAACGCAUUGAUAAAUCAAGAAAUUAUCGCAUUUGAACAAGCAACCAUCAGAGAUAGAUGUAGAAUUGUCGCGCAAAUUCUCUUUGAUGAUCACGAAAAAGAUCAGCAAUUGUUAACAAGUCUACUUAACGAGUCCAAUCAUGUUCAAAUCGUUGGUGAUGUUCUCUGUGUGCUGCUCCUUCAUUUAUCUCAUUCAUUUAAAUUCGAUAUACUUAUUUCGAAUCUUCUUCAUUCAAAAUAUGCUUACGAUUACCUAAUCCGUCUUAUUCUCAACAUUCCAACGUUAAAAUUAACAUUUGCAGAACUUAUCAUACGUUGUCCAACGAAUGAUGAUAGUCGAUAUCAUAUACUUCGAACAUUAAUUAAAUUAUAUCCAAUACACAAAUUACAUGUUUUACGUCUAUGUCAUCAACGGCAAACACUUCUCUCGUUGAUUCUUGAUCUACUCGAUCAUUCAACAAUGAAUAUUCUUCUUCAAAUCCUUUCCAAUCCCAAGCAACGUGCGUGGUUUAAGAAAUGUCAAACAGAAGAACUUGUACAUAAUCUUAUCGCUAAACUCUUCGAACUUCAUCGGCAACAACAAUGUUCAGCACAUACAAUUUUAAAACUAACCGCAAUUUUACAUGUCCAUUGCAAUAUCAAAUUUUCAUUCGAUGAAGUUCACCAUCUACUUAAAUUGUUACUUUCACGAACAAUGGACGUUAUAUUAGGUCUAUGUUAUCUAUUUAUGGUUCCAUCGUUAGUAGAACAUAAUGAACAAAGAAUAAUUGAAUGGUUAAUACCGACGAUGUCAUCAUUAGAAACCGACGAUAGGUUAUUAAUGAUUGGACUUUUUUGUAUGACGAAUUAUUAUGAACCAUUAAAUGCCUUAGUUUCUUCGACACUAGACUUUCCUUGUCGAAUCGAUCCGGGUCCAUUUCAUCAUUCACGUCUUUUACUUAUUCAACGUGUUUUUACAAAUGAUUUACUCGUUCAACGUUUUGCUACGAUACAAAUUACACCGAAUCUCAACUCAACAAUGACACUGAAACAUCUACCUGCACAUUUCAUUUGUUAUCUUCUGACAAAGGGUCUUUGCAAUCAACAUCAUGUAGAAAUGAGUCCAUGGGUCUGGUCGCAACUUUUACAGUGUGUUACACCAAUCCAUCCAAUUAUGUUAACACUUAUUAAUGAACUAGUUACAGCUAUCGUCGAUGCACGCUAUACUUGGCAUUUAACACCAAUCGACAAUCAAACAAUACAUGACUAUUUAACUUCGGCAUCAUCAAAUGAUCGUAUUCCAACAAAAAUGUUAAUUUUACUUUAUUUAUUGACGUUAAAUGAUCAAGCGAACGGCGAGAUAGCUACACAAUAUCAGCAAUCCGCUCGAGUACUUUUUGAUCUAUUACCAUUACCAUACCUUGUAGAACAAUUGACAGGAAAAUAUUAUGAUGCCAUAGCUCCUCAAUUGGGCAGGUUGAUGAUGGAGCAAUUACCACAAAUAUUUCUUGCUGAUCAUGCACUUUAUUUGGAAACCGAAGAUUCUCAAUUGAUUUCAUUGCAUCAUUCUUAUAAAGCUGACACAGUCGAAAGUCUAGUAGAUCAAUUGAAACAAACACUCGUUCAUGGUAUAUCCCGAAAGCAGGCUGAUGAAUGGCGUCGACGAUGGUUUCGCGUUUAUGCAUUUCGUGGACAAUUAUUAACUUUAAAAACAGCUCAGAUAUUAUUGGAGAAUAAUCAACUGACCUACGAUGAUCUGCGUGCUGAUCCUCACUGCUUAUUGCGUUUUCCAUUUCAAUUGUACAAUUAUCCAUCCGUCAUACAAAUCAUCUUGUUCAUUAUGCGAGAGUUGUUGAUUGCUAGUCGACAUUGUUUUGAACAGGCUAUCAAAGCAAAGCAGCAACCAUCUCAAACAACAGAUGUGAUUGCUAUGCAGGAUGUAAAAACCAAACAAUUACAAGAAACAUUGAUACAUGCACAAGAAGCUCUUGUAAUUCAAAUUUUACUCGACGCUUUGCAUCAAUACAAAAAAACAGCAUGUAUCCCUGCGUACCGUGAAUUACAAGGUGUCGUAUGCUCAUUCGUUCAUCAAAUGUUUAUCACAAAUCCUAUUCUCGCUAAACUUGUUCACUUUCAAGGCUACCCAUCAGAUCAAAUAAAACCUUUAAUCUAUAGCGUACCAUCUAUGCACAUCUGUCUAAAUUUUAUUCCACAAAUGUUGGCAACCAGUGAACUAGACACUCAAAUCUUUGCCUUUGAAUUACUCACUGAUCUUUCAUCGUUCUAUCCUAUUCGAACAGCACUACUUGUAGUGAAACUUGCUUUACAAGUGUAUGCAACACUUCUGCGAGUUCUUUCAAAUGAAGAUCGUCUUCGUUUUUUCUCACGUACAUACAAAUUUCUCACUCAUAUGAGUUCCACGUUUCCUCCAUUGACACAAAAUUCAGUUUAUGUUCUUCAACAAGCGAUACGUGCAUGUUCACUGUCACCUUCAAACCUACCACCAUUGAAAUGGACAUCAGAUUCUCUCGGUCGGCCACGACAGAUUGAUAUUUAG